UUACAAUAAAAUGCAGAGUCAAAUACAAUGUAGUGUAGUCAUAUUAUAACCAUAAAACUGCCCCCUUGAAUUAUUUAACAAAAUUAUCAAUCAGUUAUCUAAUACAAGUUACGACUCAAUGUGUGUGCCUUAUUAGGCAAAUCCGAUAAAAGGCUAGUACCAUAAUGGCUAAGAAAGUAGACUCUUAUAUCCACCCAGUAUCAAAUGUCCGGAGAAUGAGACGCCUGACAGAGAGGGAAAAAGAGACUAUCAGAUUCGUCUGGAAGAAAGUGGAGGACGACUAUCCGACUCAUGGCAGAAACGUAUUUGUAAAAUUGUUCGAUGACUACCCCUACUUCAAAAAGUUCUUCAAAAGCGCUAUAGGAAAUUUUGAUGACCCCUUUAUGAGUCCCAGGUUCCAAAAGCACAUGCUGCAAGUGCUCUUGCCAACCUUUGGCGGGAUCAUGGACAAUUUGGAUUUCCCGGAGGCGGUCAACGAGGCAGUAAAGCGGUUGGCAGUCGCCCACAGGAGGAAAGAGAUUGGGUUGGCCAAAGAGCACAUUGAUAUUCUAGGACAAGUGAUACUUAGUAUUAUCAAGAGGGACGUUUUAGAUUGCACGGAGGAACAAGAGGAGGCCAUGAAAAAAGUGCUGUCGAUUGUGGUUGGAAUGUUUUGCGAAGCCCUUGAAGGAAGAACUUUUUGAAAAAAAAAAAAAAAAUUAAACUACGUUCAUUUCAUAAAAUUCAUCAAUUUAAAAUUAUUUGAUUUAUGAUUAUGUAACUUCAUAAUAAAACUAUUUGUAUCUGGGCAAUUUAAAGUAAUUAAACGAUUUAGGUUUAAAUCACCAUUUAAAAAAGAAAUAACGAAUAGCAUAAAUUAUACGAGCAAUCUGAUGAUGAUGGUAAUUUGUAAACGUAUCUGGAAAAUAAAAAACUCUAGUAGCAAAAA